AUGGGCAUGUGGUUCUUUUAUGAUGGUUUAAGUGGAUUGAGUAUUCUAUUUGUAUUACAUGAUCAAAUCAAGCCUAAUUCCAUUUACUUUUAUCUUGUUCUCUUUCAUUUCAUUGCACACAUGUUUUAUGUCUUGACUUGGCAACAAGGAUAUUAUUCCAUUCGGAUUCGAAAAUGGAGUAGUGCAGAGUAUUCUCCAAAUGCACCCUAUGUGACUGUGGAUUUCUUUUUGACUCUCUAUGACAUGUCCAUUCAUGCCUUCAAUGCAUUCUUAUUGUAUCAACAUGCUGGAAUGAAACACGUGUUGUUGUAA